AUGGGUGACCAGUCGGUCAAGCCCAAGGUACUAGCGUUGUUGCUCCCUGCGGACGGGUCAGAGGUUAAACUUGUCAGCUACGAUCGUAUGGACAGAGAAGAUGGAGAGAGGAAUAUGAACGCUGAGUUCUAUGACCCAAUUCCAGAUCUAAGACCGUGGCUGGGGAACUGUUUCCAUGAGCGGAGGAUGGCGACUUUCUACGUCGACACCAAAGAGCAAUGUCUACGUGAUCCUGUCACGAGCGCAUUCAUCAAAUCCGAAGACUCUGCUUCUCAUGGGAGAUAUUGUCUCUACUACACUUUGUCAUCCGCACGACCACUUAACGAAACGUGUAGGCGGCUUACAGGAGUCGAGAUCCCAUUGGAUAGACUAUUCUGGAGGGGCGACGUGUUGGUUACUCGGUACGAAGGAGACCUGGGCAUGGGACAUGAAUACCUCGAUGUCUCCUACACAACAUUGAACGCAGUCGUGGAUGUGUUAAAGCAGGCUUUUGCCAGUCGAGGCUUGGAGAGAAUGAACGAAGAGGGAAAUUUCCUCGGGCUUGAGAUGGAAAGAAUGAGUUCGUUCCAGCCAUUCGCCAAUGAUGAACUCUAUCAGGCAACAGAGGCAGGUGCGUUGGAGAGACUCCGGAUCGGACAGUCAUUGAGUGAGGAUGAUAAGCAGCUUCUCAGCAGAAUUCCCAAAUUUGUCAUUGAAUGGCCGGACGGUUCUAGAGAAUAA